ACAUAUAUGUUGAGGUGGAUAAAAAAAGAAGACGAAGAAGAAGCUAAAUUCAUGUGCAAUGUGAAAAAAGAAAAUAAAAAAAAUUCUCUAUUUAAGCCCUGCUUAGGGCUUCGGCCUCAUUUGUGCCCCUCUUCUACAAAAAUCCUCCACUUCUUUUGUUAGAAAUGAAAUUAAUGUAGGGCUUUUGCCCUAUGGAUAGUGUGGCCAGGCUUUGUUCUAGGGUAUGAUGUUGGUGGCCAGAUUCCAAGCCAACUGCAAACUCUAUUGAUGUGUUCAUCUAGUGUGAAGGUGGAGACAGAGGAGAAAGUGGAGGUGGAGGCAGAGCUGGAGGUAGAGACAAAGGUGGAGCUGGAGGUAGAGACAAAGGUGGAGCUGGAGGCGGAGACAAAGGUGGAGCUAAAGCUGGAAGUGGAGAUCAAGAUCAAAGGUUAUGAGAGGUGACUUCAGGGGACCGUGUCGCCCUUGUUUUAAGUUGGUAUUUUCUUGCUUUACAUGGACUGAAGCAAAGGCAGGGAUGAUAUGUUAGUUUCCAUGGAUGUUGGUGUGUUAGUUUCCUUAAAUUUGAUAUGUUAAAUGGUGUUGAUUUUAUUUUCUUUUCUUUUUUCCAGAUUUAUCAUUAUUGAUAUUUUCCUACUCUGUUUUUUCUUUUUCAACAAAAGGGCAAAUAUAAUGUCUUUGACUAGAAUGAUGGAUAAAUAGUUGGAAAAGCACAUGAUGUAAUUUGGAAUUUACAAUUGAAAGUUGAGUGUUUGAAUAAGGAAGUGGGGGAAAUUGAAAGAGAUAAAUUUACUAAUGUUGAGAAAGUUAUUGAGAAACAGAGUUAAAUUCAUUGAUGUUGAGAAAGCUAUUGAGAAGCUAAUGGAUUGUGUAAGGUUUGAAGGGAAGAAUCAAGUGGGAAAGUUGCAAAUGAAUUUCUCAAUUGUGCUUGUGCUUGUUAAUUUAGAAUUUAGUUUAUAGAAUUUGGUAGAGUUAUAUUAUGGAUGUUAGAAAAUGUCAUGAAUUUCAAACUCUGGAUUCUUUUUCUUGUUUUGCUAUGUAUGGAUCAUGAACGAUGUAUGUAAUAGUUUUAGCUUUUGACAAUGAAAAGCAAAUGUAAUUAUUUUACAAUUAAACUCCAUGUUCUGGUCUUUUUAUUUUUGGUUCAAACUCUAGAUUUUUUGUCUUGUUUUUAUUUGAGAAAAAUGCAUCUAGAUUUUGUUCUCUUCUUAUGUAUGCAUAUACAAAUGUAUCCAAUUUCCUGUCUUCCUUUUUAUUUGAGCCAUCUAGGUUAUGUUCUCUUUUUAUAUAUAUACAUAUACAAAUAUAUUCAAGUUCUUGUC